UAGCGACAAGCCCAAUGGUUGCUCGACUCGAGAGACAGGCAUCUAUGAGACCCGACAGGGGGACCAAUAGCGACGAACAAUGCCGACUAAUUAGAUGGUCGAUUGAUCGUAAAUGGGAACUGUUGGGGGCCUGAUCCGCUUAUGUAUAAUUCUCUGAAUGAACAACACAUAACUAAAGGAGUUACAGAAAACGGAUACGGAAGCAUGUUUCAACUCGAAAUGUGCCGGAGUUAAGCUCUCUCGACACUCCUUAAAACCCCACACGGAUCGAUUCAGCAGUACGUCUGCUUCCCUCGGCUGAAACACAUCGCUGUAACAGUGGAGGUAACUUCACGGGAUAUAUUCGCUCCAAGGAUAGCCGCAGAAUUUGUUAAAUCAUUUACUCAGUUUAGUGCUAGCUGCAGUUGACGUGUAUAUUCCUUGGAAUAUUUUUGGAGCAGUGUUUGGAAAAGUACCGCCUAAACUCCACAAGCAACUUAAUAAUUUCUUUAAAAGGAUCAGAUACCUGAAGUAUAUUGAGCUAUCUUGUAAAUAUGGCCGAAGAACAAGACGCAAUGUUUACCAAACUGUCUGAAGCUGAAAACUGCAACUCUCUUCUUAAGAAACACCUUACGAAAGAGGUGUAUGAAAAAAUCAAGGAAAAGAAGACAAGUCUUGGAGGAACCCUGGCUGACUGCAUCCGAUCGGGAUGUGAAAACCUGGAUAGCGGCGUGGGCAUCUAUGCUUGUGACCCAGAGGCCUACACGACGUUUUCUGAAGUCUUCGACACCGUCAUCAAGGACUACCACAAAAUCCCAGACAACAAGCCAAUCAAACAUCCAAACUGCGACUUUGGCGAUGGCGAUAAGAUGAAACUAGAAGACCUUGACCCCGAAGGGAAGUACAUCAUCUCCACCAGGGUCAGAGUUGGAAGGUCACACGAUGGACUCGGAUUUCCGCCAAUUCUUACCAAAGAGCAAAGAGAAGAGAUGGAGAAAAAGACAGUAGCAGCCUUUGACACGCUCCCUGAAGAACUGAAAGGAACAUAUCACCCACUGACAGGCAUGACACCGGAAACACAAAAGGAGUUGACAGACGAACACUUCCUGUUUAAUGACCAUGACAGAUUUUUGCGUGCUGCCGGCGGCUAUAACGAUUGGCCUACUGGCAGAGGCAUCUUCUACAACAACGACAAGACCUUCCUUGUGUGGGUGAACGAGGAGGACCAUCUCCGUCUCAUCUCCAUGCAGAAGGGCGGCGACUUGGGAGCUGUCUACAAGCGUCUAGUAACGGCUGUCAAAUCCAUGGAACAGACGCUGAAAUUCGCCCGGAACGAACAUCUUGGAUUCCUGACGUUCUGUCCCAGCAACCUGGGAACCACUCUACGAGCAUCUGUGCAUAUCAAGAUCCCAGCCGUCGCUGCCAAGCCCGACUUCAAGGAGAUCUGUGACAAAUACAACCUUCAGGCCAGGGGCAUCCACGGCGAGCACACUGAGAGCGAGGGUGGCGUCUACGACAUCUCCAACAAACGUCGUCUUGGUCUGACGGAGGCGCAAGCCGUUACUGAAAUGUACAACGGCGUGAAGGAGAUCCUGAAACUGGAGAAGGAACUGACUUGGAACCCAGAUAGUCUGGAGGCAAUGUACGACCACGUGUCCAAGGCUAAGAACUGCAAGUCUUUGAUGAAGAAAUACUUCAGCAAGGAUGUCCUUGAAAAGUGCAAGGACAAGAAGACAUCCCACAAUGCAACACUGUCGGACUGUAUUAUGUCAGGAGUGAAGAAUCUAGACAGUGGAGUGGGCAUCUACGCAGCUGACCCAGAAUCCUACAACACGUUUGCUGAAAUCUUUGACCCGGUCAUCCGGGACUACCACAAGCUGUCCACCAAGGAGCCCAUCUCCCACCCGCCGUCAAACUUCGGCGACAUCGAAAACUUAGGUUUCUCCGACCUUGACCCCGAAGGUGACCUCAUCGUUUCCACCAGGAUCCGCGUUGGAAGAAGUCACAAGGAGUAUGCGUUCCCCCCAGUUCUUACAAAAGAGGACCGCGAGGCUAUGGAGAAGGAGUGUCAGGAAGCUCUGGGAUCCCUGGAGGGCCAGCUGAAGGGGUCCUACCACCCACUGGCGGGCAUGACGCCGGAAAUGCAAGACCAGCUCACCAAGGAUCACUUCCUGUUCAACGAUCACGACAGGUUCCUGAAGGCAGCCCGUGGUUACGACGACUGGCCAACUGGGAGAGGCAUCUACUUCAACGACGAGAAGACCUUCCUUGUGUGGGUGAACGAGGAGGAUCACCUUAGAAUUAUCUCCAUGCAGAAGGGCGGUGACAUUGGAGCUGUCUAUAAACGGCUAGUGUCGGCUAUACAAGAAAUGGAGAAGAAACUGACCUUCGCUAGGGACGAGCGGCUGGGCUACCUGACCUUCUGUCCCUCCAACCUGGGCACCACCCUCCGUGCGUCCGUCCACAUCAAGAUCCCCAAACUUGCCGCCAAGAAAGACUUCAAGAACAUCUGUGAAAAAUACAAGCUGCAAGCAAGAGGUAUCCACGGCGAGCACACCGAGAGCGAGGGCGGCGUCUACGACAUCUCCAACAAACGUCGUCUUGGCCUCUCUGAAAUCCAGGCCGUCCAAGAGAUGGUGACAGGAGUCCAAGAGAUCAUUAAGCUGGAAAGGGAACUCCAGAAAGGAAAGGGGAACAAAUCAUCAUCAUGCGCCAUCUUGUAAGCUCUCCCCUCACCCCUUGUAGAGGCAGCCGCCAUCUUGAUCCAACCAGCGUAUCUGUGCAGCCGCCAUCUUGAAACCAUUGGCCGCCAUUUUGAUUCUACCAGUACGGUGAUCAGGCCGCCAUUUUGAAUGUACCAGUACCUAUAUACGGAUAUCAUUUUGAAACGUCACUCUUACAUGCGCCCUUGAACAUCAUUUCUGUAGUCAAACAAUCUUGUUUGUAUGUCUAUUAAAACAAAGACGUUUAUGUGACAUAAUAGACAUUUUUAUACUGUGGCGGUAUGUUCCGGCUUCAAAGUACCACGUGACAUUCAUAUUUUCUAAGCGUCACCUUUCAAGAUUCAGAAAUAUAUAGAAGUCGGCAGUUAUAAUCCGGACAUCAUCGGUAUGAAAAUGUCUAUUGUUUUACCGGGCUGGUGUGAGUGUGCAGGUGUAUAUUACAAGUCGUAAUGUUAUCGAUUAUUUUUCAAGCAUGCGCACUGCUUGAAUCGGUGACGUCAGUGCCAAAAUAUAUAUGUAUGAAACACCAAUGAUCUUCCUCCAAGUUAGAUAUUCUUCAGCCAAAGAUAACUGUGAAUAAACAUCAAUGCUCUCUUUACGCUAAUGUCGCGAAUGCUUACAGUAAGUACUUCAAUAUUAUAAUGUGUUCGAGUAACAAUGCUUAUAUGCAAUAGAUUAUUAUGCAAGUAAAGCUAAAGUGAAAAUAUGUUAUUGUUAAUAUUGCAAGGAGCAUUUGAUUAUUACACUCAACGAAUACGCUUUCAUUUGUCGCUGGUGUAAAAAUGGAUAUGUGAUGAAUGUAAGCUCUUCAUAGUCGCCGCUUUCAAUACACUGUUAUUUAUUUUUAUAACCUAUAUUGUAUAUAUAGGUUCGGCGCCUUUGACACAAACCCAAUGAUACUGUGACGUCAUCAUUAGUUACAGGAGGCAACUGGUCUCAGUAACUGUAGCUGCGAAAAUACAACCUUUUUUGACACCGAUUAUUACAGACACGUGUGUCAAAGAACGGUACAGAUUAAAAACAGCCUUCGGAGGACCUUACGUAGUCUGUCUCAUAGUCACUGAACUACGUUAUUUUCUCUACUGCCUAGCCCUCCCUGCAAUGCUAAAGCCCAAAUGAAGCAAGUUUAGAUUUCCCCGGGUUCAGGAUCUGAAUCUCCCAACUCACUGGGCUCCUUUUCAGUUUAAAUGGGUUUAUUUGUUACUAUCAAUAUUAAAAUAUAUAUCAAUGUAUAUAAUUCAGGGACUAAGCGUCAGUCUAUAGGUCUUACGCUGAACCACCCGUUGCCAGCAAAAUAGAAAGUUUGCCUUUCCCAGAAUACCCAUUACUCUGCCCUACAGGUCAUGUGGCGAAAUCUAUACUGUUAUAAUAUACCAACAGUUACAUUUAUAUGCAUGUGAUCAAAGAUAAAUCAGUAAACAACGAAGACGAUUAUUUGAAUAUCAUUUGCCGAGCCUUGUUCAACAUCUGAAUAGAGUUUGGGGUCGAAAGGUUGUAUUUUCUCAGCUAUGGAAGUUCUGCUUUAUUGUGUUGAGGAUUAUUUUUCUACCACAAUAUAGCUCAUAUUUUUGCUCUGUUGUUUUAUUAUUCAUUAUACCAAGCGCCUUGCGUCUGUAUUUGUAACCUUUGGUGGCAUUUUUGUCUCUGGUCGCCUUCAUUUCCGCUCAUGCGCAGACGGUAACAUCGCUCAAACAGCGUAUAUAUUUAUGGAUAUGUAUUUUGCUAUUCUUCUAUAUUGGUAUUUCACUUUUAUAAUACUUUUUGUACAUGAUGGUUCUAUUUUUAAUCGUACCAAACUGAAAAUUAGAGAAUAAUUUUGUCCCUCUUUCCCUCUUUAAUUGUUCAUCCUGUAAACCGGAAGAAGUCAUCAGGAGUAUUGGGACUUUGAUAAUUAUAAGUGUUUAGGAUUUUUGUCAAUACAUACAAUAUUAGUUUUGAAAAUAUGCAAAAACACAACACUGUCCAUUUUUUGUAAACAGCUCUUCAAGGAAAGACAUUUAUGAGCCACGACGCGCUUAAGAACAAAGUUGUAUCUUUUAUGUAUGUUGUUUAUGACUAAAUGUCUAAAUGGCUUGGUUGAUAAACGGAGAGAAGGUCUGAUUCUCUCAGUAAAGCCAUGAUUACAUGAAAUAUUACCUAACUCGUUGUGUCGACUGACGUUGGUUAAGUUGGUGCAAUACAAGCAGUUAGUCCUGUUGAAUGCGGUAUGUUCAAUGUGGAAGCGUUUCUAUUUAUUCCCGUAGGUUGUAGAUGCCAGUAAGGUCGGCACAAGCGGUAUAUAGUAUCUCUUUGUAUUUAUUUAUUGCCGGAAUAUAUGUGAUUUUUGUAUUAAUAAUCUCCGAAGACAUGUGAUAUAAUGAUAAGCCCGUCUCUUGUGAACAUUACUCAAAGCGUGUUGUUUCAAUAAAGGAUGCGCGUUGUGUAAAGGCGUCGUGUAAUUUAUUUGUAAUAACAGCUAGCAUGCUAAGAAUAAAAUGGUUGAAACUUCAAAAAAA